AUGCAGCUGAAAGCCAUCUAUUUCAUCACUUUGCUAGCACCAAACAUUCAACAUGUCGUAUCCUUUUUGCCACAGCAACAUGUUCCAUCAGACACGACCGUCCAGCAUCAUCAAGAACAACGUCACCAGCAGCAGCAUCCAUCAGUCUCGACGAAUCUCUCACAACAGGCCGCUAGAAGCAUUCCCAGAGGUGGAUCGGCUUUGAAUAUGUCUCCUUCUUCCAUGGUCUCAACCAUCGUUUCUAGUAUGCAAACUGGUCCUUGGGGGAUUUUGGCCUUGUCAGCUGUGACUUGGUCAGUAGUCCUUCCAUUGACACUCUACAAGAAAAUCUAUGGAAUUGGCGUGGCCUAUGGAUUCAGUGUAGCGGCGGCUGGACUAACCAUGCUGAAGGUUCUAUCGACGUCUACAAGUAGUCAAUCUUCUCUCCUAUUGGCCAAGGCAUGCAUGUUCUAUGGAGCGAGGUUGGGAAGCUACCUUUUGCUCCGCGAUUACCUCCGAAACAGCAAGACAACGAUCAAGAAUGGAUCCAUAUCAAGCCGCAUCACAUUUUCGGCCAGUCUCGCACUCUUUUACGCUCUCUUGACCACCCCAGUGCUCUAUGCGCUGAGAAGUACAAAUGGUGCUGUCGAUAGUUCCAUCAGUAUGGCUGGUGCAUCUCUUGCUUGGACAGGUGCCAUUUUGGAAGCAAUCGCGGAUCUACACAAGCUCAUUGUGAAGCAAUCCUCAUCCGAGAAGGACGGCAAGAAAUUUACAGGACCAGACACAUGGACCUACCGCAUCUGUCGUCACCCCAACUAUCUUGGAGAAAUGAUCUUUUGGACUGGGCUCUUUUUGGGCGGCGCUGGGUCCUUUGGAAAGAGUAUCCCAGCAUGGCUUGGCUCAUCAUUUGGUUUGGCAGGUAUUCUUUCCAUCAUGUUCAAGGCGGCUUCAGGACUCGAAGGAAAGCAAACAGAAAAGUAUGAAGGACAGGAACGAUACGAUACAUGGAAAGGCAAAGCGAAGUACUCUCUCAUUCCCUUCAUUCGAUAG